CCGACGACGAGCACUCAGUCACAAGCCGACAGCCGUACAGUGGACGUCGACCUCAUCGCACCGCUCAUCGCGCACACCACUCGCCAUGUUCCGCGCCCUCCGGCCCAUCCUCGCAAAGGCCCCCGCCGCGAGGCCACUCCGCCCCCUCGGCGUGAGCGCGCGCAACUACGCCGCCCAGGCCGACGGGGAGCGCCGCUUCACCCCCGUCCAGACCACUUCGGUCGAGGACUUGCACGAGAUGAGCGCCCAGGAGAUUCUCUCUGAGGAGAUUGGCCCCAAGACGACCGCAGGCGGCAUGCGCCACUUCACCGUCAACUUCGGCCCCCAGCACCCCGCCGCCCACGGUGUGCUGCGUCUUAUUCUCGAGCUUAACGGAGAGGAGAUUCUCCGUGCCGACCCCCACAUCGGUCUCCUCCACCGUGGUACUGAGAAGCUCAUCGAGUACAAGAAUUACACCCAGGCUCUUCCGUACUUCGACCGCCUCGACUACGUCUCUAUGAUGACCAACGAGCUGUCGUACACCCUUGCUGUCGAGAAGCUGCUCAACAUCGAGGUCCCCGAGCGUGCCAAGUGGAUUCGCACGCUCAUGGGCGAGAUCACGCGUAUUCUCAACCACUUGAUGGCCGUCCUUACGCACGCGAUGGACGUCGGUGCGCUGACGCCCUUCCUGUGGGGUUUCGAGGAGCGUGAGAAGCUCAUGGAGUUCUACGAGCGUGUCUCGGGAGCGCGCAUGCACGCGGCGUACGUGCGCCCCGGCGGUGUCGCGUUCGACCUGCCCCACGGCCUGCUGGACGACAUCUUCAAGUGGGCGACCCAGUUCUCCACGCGUGUCGACGAGAUCGAGGAGGUCGUCACUGGCAACCGUAUCUGGAAGGCGCGUACGAUCGGCAUUGGCAAGGUGACGGCGCAGGAGGCGCUCGACUACUCGUUCACCGGCGUCAUGCUCCGUGGCUCGGGUAUCCCUUGGGACAUCCGCAAGGUUGCGCCGUACGACGCGUACGACCAGGUAGAGUUUGAUGUGCCCGUCGGCAAGAACGGCGACUGCUACGACCGCUACCUGUGUCGUGUGCAGGAGUUCCGCGAGUCGCUGCGCAUCAUUAACCAGUGCCUCAACAAGAUGCCCGCCGGCGCAUACAAGAUUGACGACCACAAGAUUGUGCCCCCGCCCCGCGCGUCCAUGAAGGAGAGCAUGGAGGCUCUCAUCCACCACUUUAAGCUCUUCUCCGAGGGCUACUCGGUGCCCCCCGGCGAGACGUACACGGCCAUCGAGGCGCCCAAGGGCGAGAUGGGUGUCUACCUCGUCUCGGACGGCUCCAACCGCCCUUACCGCUGCAAGAUUCGCGCACCAGGCUUUGCCCACCUUGCCGGCGCAGACUUUAUGAUGCGCCACGCCUUCCUGCCCGACGCCGUCGCCAUCAUCGGUACCAUGGACCUGGUGUUCGGUGAGGUUGACCGGUAGAGUGUAGGAUAGACAAUGCAUAGUGCUAAAGAGG